AUGUUCCUUUACAAUUUAACUUUACAACCUCCAACUACGAUAAACGUUGCUGUAGUUGGUCACUUUUCUGGUACAAAACAACAAGAAAUUGUCGUUUCCAGGGUAACUCGGCUGGAACUUUUAAAAGCUGAUCCAAAUUCGGGUAAAUUACAAACGCUUUUGACUCACGAUGCUUUUGGAAUAAUAAGAUCGUUGACUCCUUUUAGGUUAACCGGAAGUUCAAAAGACUAUAUUAUAGUCGGAUCAGAUUCAGGGCGUAUAGUCAUUUUAGAAUACAAUCCAAUCAAGAAUAAAUUUGACAAAGUUCAUCAAGAAACUUUUGGUAAAUCAGGAUGUAGAAGAAUCGUUCCCGGUCAAUAUUUAGCAGUAGAUCCAAAAGGCAGAUCUGUUAUGAUAGGUGCAAUCGAAAAACAAAAAUUGGUCUAUAUUCUUAAUCGUGACUCGGCGGCUAACCUGACUAUAUCUUCGCCGCUGGAAGCACACAAGUCACAUACGUUAGUUCACCAUUGUAUAGGUUUAGAUGUUGGAUACGAAAAUCCAGUGUUCGCUUGUUUAGAAGUAGAUUAUUCUGAUGCGGAUAUGGAUCCAACAGGCGAUGCAUUUAAUAGUACUGAAAAGGUAAAAUAUCAUAUUAUUUCUAGCGGUUUUCCUGGUGGAAACGAUGGUCCAUCAGGUGUAUUAGUUUGUUCAGAGAAUUUCAUAACGUACAAACAUCAAAGGGUACCUGAACUUCGAAUACCUAUACCACGUCGCAGAAAUCCUCUCGAGGAUCCUUCACGUGGACUAAUCAUUGUAGCAGGUGUCAUGCACAAAAUGAAAGGUGUCUUCUUCUUUUUACUACAAAGUGAAGAAGGUGAUAUAUAUAAAGUUACACUUGAUUAUGAGGAUGAUAGGGUGAACGCAAUUAAAAUUAAAUAUUUUGAUACCGUGCCUGUCGCGGCGUCAUUAUGUAUACUUAGGGCUGGUUUCUUGUUUGUAGCCGCGGAAUUUGGAAAUCAUCGACUCUAUUCUUUUACAAGUCUCGGCGAUGAUAACGAUGAGCCUGAAUGGUCAAGUGAAGAUUUUAUGGACGAUGAUAAGGACAUACCAGCGGCAGUGGCAUAUUUUACGCCGCGAGAUCUUCAAAAUCUAGAACGUGCAGAUGAAUUGGAGAGCUUAAAUCCAUUAGUUGAUGCUAAAGUUUUGAAUCUUACGGAUGACGACACGCCUCAAUUAUACGCUCUAUGUGGAAGAGGCGCAGGAUCAACAUUUCGUAUAUUAAGACAUGGUCUUGAAAUUUCUGAAAUGGCUGUUUCAGAACUACCAGGAAAUCCUAAUGCCGUUUGGACUACGAAGUUAAAGUCGGACGACGAGUUUGAUGCUUAUAUCAUAGUAUCGUUUGUAAAUGCUACACUGGUGUUAUCUAUUGGCGAGACGGUGGAGGAAGUGACUGAUACUGGAUUUCUUGCCACAACGCCCACAUUAGACGUACAUCAACUUGGUGACGACGCGUUACUUCAAAUAUAUCCACAAGGCAUACGACAUAUUCGUGCUGAUCGACGUGUUAAUGAAUGGAAAACGCCAGGAAACAGAGCGAUUGUAAAAGCGGCAACGAAUAAACGCCAAGUUGUAAUAGCACUAACUGGAGGAGAGCUUGUGUAUUUUGAAUUAGACAGUCGAGGUCAAUUAAACGAAUAUCAAGAGCGCAAAGAAAUCUCGUCUAAUGUAACAUGUUUAAGUGUCGGCGAAGUGCCAGAAGGAAGACAGCGAUCAAGAUUUUUGGCCGUAGGUUGCGAUGAUAACGCCGUGCGAAUUCUUUCUCUCGAUCCUGAUAAUACGUUGGAAGUACUUAGUACUCAGGGUCUUAAUGCGCCUCCGCAAUCUUUAUCCAUCAUUGAGAUGAUGGAUAUCGGUACUGACGCGUCUCAUGGAACACUUUAUCUUAACAUAGGGUUACAGAACGGAGUUUUACUGAGAACGGUGUUGGACACUAUAACAGGCUCAUUGACAGAUACGCGGCAAAGAUUUCUCGGUGCUCGACCCGUAAAGCUUUUCCAAGUUACAAUUCAAGGAGCUCCUGCAGUUCUAGCUUUAUCAAGUCGACCUUGGUUGAGUUAUACCUUUCAAUCUCGAUUACAUUUAACGCCGCUUUCCUAUGAUAUGCUUGAAUACGGUUCUAACUUUACUUCGCCUCAAGUACCCGAAGGGAUCGUUGCUAUUUCAGCUAAUACGUUGAGAAUUUUUGCCGUCGAAAAAUUGGGAACGGUUUUUAAUCAGGCUAUAAUACAACUUAAUUACACCCCACGUCAUUUUAUUCUUCAUUCUCCUUCAAGAAACUUUGUUGUGAUUGAGAGUGAACAUAAUACUUAUUCUCCGAUGGAGAAACAAAGAACCUUGCAAGCAAAGAUAAAUGAAGGAAAACGUUUUGAUCCGAAUUUAUUGGAACUUUCACCAGAGAUAUUUGGAUUACCUAAAGCAGAACCUGGAAAAUGGGCAUCAUGCAUUCGCAUCAUCAACCCGUUCCUAGGUGAAACAACGUCAAAAUAUGAAUUUGAAGAAAACGAAGCUGCAUUUAGUAUUACAACCGUUAAUUUCCAUGGUCAUAAUAAUGAAUUGUUUCUUGUUGUAGGAACGGCCAAAGACGCAAAUUUGGCACCUCGUACAUGUUCAUUAGGAUAUUUAUACGUGUAUCAAUUUAGUGCUGAUGGAAGCGACUUAAAUCUUCUUCAUAAGACUCAAUGCGAUGAUAUUCCAUUGGCGUUAUUGCCUUUCCAAGGAAGGCUUUUGGCUGGCGUUGGUAAAGCGUUAAGGAUAUAUGAUUUAGGAAAGAGAAAAUUAUUACGAAAAUGUGAGACAAAGGCGAUUCCAAAUUGUAUAGUGAAUUUACAUACACAAGGCAAUCGCAUAAUUAUUUGUGAUAUGCAAGAAUCGGUUCAUUACGCAUCCUAUAGGCAACACGAUAAUAGAAUUAUUAUUUUUGCUGAUGACACUACUCCACGAUGGAUUACAUCUACCGUAAUGAUAGAUUACGAUACAAUAGCUGGUGCUGAUAAGUUUGGAAAUUUCUUUAUUGAUCGAUUACCAGCUGAGACUAGUGAAGAGGUUGAUGAGGAUCCUACCGGAAAUAAAAUAAUGUAUGAAAAAGGAUAUUUAAUGGGUGCUCCUCACAAGGUCUCAAUGAUAUUACAUUAUCAUGUUGGUGACAUUCUCACAUCGCUUCAUCGAACAACUCUUGUUGCGGGAGGGCGUGAAAUUCUUGUAUAUACUGGUAUUAUGGGUAAUAUUGGAGUAUUUGUUCCAUUCUUAACUAGAGAAGAUAUUGACUUUUUUCAAACACUUGAAAUGCAUAUGAGAAAUGAAGCACCACCAUUAGCGGGACGUGAUCAUUUACAAUAUCGUAGCUUUUAUGCACCCGUUAAGAGUGUAGUGGAUGGAGAUUUAUGUGAACAAUAUAAUUUAUUACCUAUGGAAAAGAAAAAAAUGAUCGCUGACGAAUUAGAUAGAACUCCCGCAGAAAUUCAAAAGAAAAUUGAAGAUAUGAGAGUUAUGACAGCGUUUUAA